AUACAGUCACUAGUUGCUUGGCGAUUUCAGCAUCAACAUCAGAAUGAAAGCAGCGAUUUUAUUAACUCUCUUCUUAAUUGGCGUGGCUUACUCCGUCCCCACAUGGCAGGAAGAACACGACCUGCACGACGAGGAAAUCUGGGAACCCGCCGACCCCCAGCCACUCGUCGAACAUCACGUCAGAUUUAAAAGAGCGACCUGCGAUUUGUUCAGCUUCCAGUCCAAAUGGGUGACGCCGAACCACGCAGCAUGUGCAGCUCACUGCAUUGCCAGAGGAAACAGAGGAGGACGAUGCAAAAAGGCAGUCUGCCAUUGCCGCAAAUAAUCAAUAAUUGUAAAUAUUCAUUAAAUUAUUUUUCUCAACAAAGUGUGUUUAUCCAAUACUGUUCUUUUGUCUUACAAACCUAUUGUUUUAAGUAAACUAAAUUACUACACAUUACCGAUAUAGAAUACACUAUGUUACUUCUAUAUCGACCAUAUCGAUUUAAUAGUCUCUAUGAAAUUAGUGAAAAAAUGUAGAAUAUGUAAUGGUAUCCCGUUUUAGUAAAUAUUAUUUGUAAGAAAAAGUUGCAUUACUCAAGUGAGAAUAAGUCUCAGUAUCAAGCUGUUUAUCAAUUUGUAUUUAUUAAUAAACAAAGACAAACAACAUUAACAUUUUUUAAA